GAAAGCAGGGAGGGAGUAAACAUGACAAAAGCCAAAAAAGGAGGUGGCGAAAAUCUCCAUCUUCUGAUCAUGGGCUUCAUCAUCAUGUUAGGUGUCUCCACAAGUACCGCAAGCGGACAAGGUUCUCUCUUCGAGUCAGUGUGGAAAAAAAAAGCUGUGGGGGAGAGAGAGAGAGAGAGGGUGCAAAGCCUUGCAGGCAAGCAACACGAACCCCAAACACAUGCUCGUUCGCUUCUUCUUUUUGUCCUCAUCGUUCCCGAUGAUCUCUCCUUCUGACCCAUUUAAGAAAAACGCCUCAUUCAUCGUCCUGUCGCCGUGCAUGUAGUUGAACGAAGUUUGUCCCUUCUCUAGUUACCCUGAGGCGGUGAGAUCUUGAUUGAGAUGGGUGAGAGUAGAGCUUCAAAUGCUGAUCUCGAAGUGUCGGUUUCGUUCGGUAGGUUCGAGAACGAUUCGCUCUCUUGGGAAAAAUGGUCGACUUUUUCGCCGAAUAAGUACUUGGAAGAGGUCGAGAAGUGUGCGACUCCUGGAUCAGUUGCCCAGAAGAAGGCCUACUUCGAAGCCCAUUACAAGAAGAUUGCUGCUCGGAAAGCAGAGCUGCUGAAUCUGGAGAAGCAGAUGGAGAAUGGCUCUCCCGGAUCAGAUGACCGGGAAUGCAAAGAUCCGGGGAGUGAAAUUAAUGAGGGCAUUUUCGAGAUUGAUGGGUCGAAGGAUGAGAAUUUGGGUGGGGUGAUUGAGCAAGUCGAGGACUCGGUUGAUGAAGUCGGUCAAAAUUCUAUCGAAGAGCAAAUUCAUGAUGUUGUCGUCGCAGUGGAAAACCAAAUCGGACCGGUUGAGGGAGUCAAAGAAGAACCAGAUUCGAGCCGGAGCGUAGAUCGGCUGAACUUGGAAAAGCUAGAAGAUGAUGAAUUUGUGAAGGAGGUAGUACAAGAAGUUCCAAAUGGAUCUUCAGAAGCGAAGGAACUUCAUCCAAAUGUUAAGAAUGACGUGGUCAAGGCCAAAAAGGUUCAACAGGAAAAUGUGAGAUUGAAUCUGAUCAGAAAGCCUCAAAAGAUCAAUCCAGCCAGUAAGGUGAGAAACACAACGAAAACAAAGAAAACGCCGGAUUCGCUGGUUAUCAAGUCAUCAUCACAGGCAUCUUUCCUCAGGUUAUCUAAGCCAACUUCCGCUUCCACUGCAAAAUCUGGAGCGAAUACUUCGGCAAAGAAGGAAACAGUCCCGACGUUACCCCGGAAGAAGAACCCUCUCAAUGUAGAGAUCAAGAAAGUUCCUCCUAAAUCACUGAAGAUGUCCAUUAGUUCAGAUUUCACAAAUUUCAGUCGAUCCGAUAUCUCCACGUUGAGGAAAUCUCUAAUUAUGGAGACAAUGGGUGAUAAGGACAUUGUUAAACGGGCAUUCAAGACUUUUCAGGGCAGUCCGGCAUUGUCGAAAUCAUUCUGUGGAGAGAGAUCUUCUGUGCCAAAGCCAGCCCCUUCACUGGUGACUGACGCAAGGGAUUCUAAUUCUGCGACCAAACAGAAAGGCAAAGACGGGCAAACCAAAACUGAAAGUGUAGGCAAAAAGGUUCCUAAAAUUCUUCCUUCUUCUUUUGGGUUGAGAAGCGAUGGGCGGGCAGAAAAGAGGAAAGAGGUUAGGAAGAGCCUGGAGGAGAAAUCUAUUGUCAAGGAAGUAGAGAAAACACGCCUUCAAUCAAAACCAAAGGAAAAAAAGGAGGAGGAGAUGAAAAAAUUAAGGCAAAGUCUCAAUUUCAAGGCAACACCCUUGCCGGCUUUCUACCAGGGGCAAGCUAAAUCAAAGAGCUAUCUUGCUAAGGGAGGUUACAAGAGUGAAACUCGUGGUUGAGCAAAGUUGAAUUGGGAAGAAAGACAAGCUCUCCAUGAACAGAUGAUCGGAUAGAGAGACCGAAAGGUUUGUUACUGAUAUGAAGCUUGGACUGCUCAAGCAGACAGGAAAAUAUAGCUGAACAAGUUGGACCGAUGCCUUGACUCAGUUAUCUGACAUUGAGUCCAGGGUGAGUGGCGGAUUGUACAUAGGGAUAUCUAGAGCAUAGACAAUAAUAACAGUCAGUGUCGAUAAGUCGGUGACUGUCUCAAUAAUUUAAUGGAGUUAAGGCUUAGCGCUCUUUCUAGUGUCAUUAGCUAAAUUACAUGUCUCUAGUUUAUCAUGAAAUUAUAUGCACUGGGCAAGUGAACUUUGAUGCUUAUAUGAUAUCGAUUAUGAAAUCUUACCAAGAUUUCUUCAUA